AUGGAAGGUGAUUCUAAAGAAAGGCUAUUGAUUGCAGGUGAAUCUGAAAGCCAAGUGCAGAUUAAAGAGGAGAAUUUGAAGGGCAAAAUAUGGGCAGAGAACAAGAAAAUGUGGGUCGUGGCCGGUCCGGCUGUUUUCACCCGGUUUUCGACGUUCGGCAUAAACGUUAUCAGCCAAGCAUUUGUGGGUCAUAUUGGUGCUACUGAGCUUGCUGCUUAUGCUCUGGUUUUCACUCUCCUCACGAGAUUUGCAAAUGGGUUGCUGCUAGGCGUAGCCAGCGGGCUCGAAACACUAUGCGGCCAAGCCUACGGAGCCCGACAGUACCAUAUGCUCGGCAUAUACCUCCAAAGGUCUUGGAUUUGCCUAAUCACAACCGCAACUUUACUCCUACCUGUCUACAUUUUCGCCGGCCCUAUCCUAAAAGCUCUCGGACAAGACGAGUCCAUCGCUGACGUGGCGGGUCGAAUCGGGUUGUGGUUCAUACCUGUUAUCUACGCGUUUAUCGUGUCCUUCAGCUGCCAGAUGUAUCUGCAGGCACAGAGCAAGAACAUGAUCAUCAGUUAUUUGGCGGCACUUUCGCUUUCGAUACACGUUUUCUUGUCUUGGCUUUUGACAGUCCAAUACAAGUUCGGUAUAACGGGAGCCAUGGUCUCGACUUUUUUGGCGUAUUGGAUUCCGAACGUGGGACAGUUGGCGUUUAUCUUCUGCGGAGGGUGCCGCGAGACGUGGAAAGGCUUUUCGACUCUCGCGUUUAGGGAUCUUUGGCCGGUUGUUAAGCUUUCUUUGUCGUCCGGGGCCAUGAUUUGUCUCGAGCUCUGGUACAAUGCAAUACUGAUUCUUUUGACCGGGAAUCUGAAGAAUGCGAGGGUCGAAAUCGAUGCCCUUUCGAUCUGCCUUAACAUCAAUGGUUGGGAAAUGAUGAUAUCUCUUGGAUUCAUGGCUGCAGCAAGUGUUCGGGUAGCGAACGAGCUUGGUAAAGGUGACUCGAAGGCCGCAAAAUUCUCCAUAGUGAACAUUGUUCUAACUUCCUUGGCCUUAGGAUUUGUGCUGUUUGUAUUUUUCCUCUUCUUUCGCGAACGUUUAGCUUACAUAUUCACGAACGAUGAUGACGUGGCGGCUGAAGUCGCCCACCUGUCACCCCUGUUGGCAUUCUCCAUGCUCAUGAACAGCGUUCAGCCUGUUCUUUCCGGUGUUGCUAUUGGUGCUGGAUGGCAAAGUGUCGUUGUGUACGUAAAUUUGGGAUGCUAUUAUUUGAUCGGGAUUCCUUUCGGAGUUUUUCUUGGCUAUGUCAUCAAGUUACAAGUCGAGGGUGUUUGGAUUGGUAUGUUAAUCGGCACGUUCAUUCAAACCAUCGCUUUAGUGAUAAUAACCAAAAGAACCGAUUGGGAUAAGCAGGUUUCGAAUGCUCGACAAAGAGUUAACCGAUGGUUUGUGGAAGAUGAAAUUAGUGAUAGCUCGGGAGUCGCCUGA